GUCCUUUUCGCUCUUCAGCGUCUAGAAGUUAUCCAUCGACCACAGCCCCAAAUGAAGCCCGGUCCUCUAGUUCUGGUUGGAUUUGGGGGUUGUAUAGAUCUAAAUAUCCUUGCCCUCGAUCUUUGGAACAAAGUCUUGCCGAAUAAUUCAGAUAAUCUAGUUGAAUCUAGCUAUCCUGAGUUUUCAGGAGGCCUAAGGAAGCUGGAGACAUUAGAAGAUAUAGUUACAGACUUUACAGAAUUGUUUGCAUCUGGAGCUGCCGGAGAGCGCUAUGUUAGCAAUGCUACUCUUUUCCAAUAUCUCGUCAGCCUGGCCGAGGAAUUGAUCACUGUUGAUGAUGCUCCGGAUGUCGCGACCUCUGUAUUCUCUGUUUCCAGGAGGUCGCGUGAUACGUUGCAGGGAACCCAUUACUCUGUUGAGUCUGGGGAAGCUGGCAUAAUGGAGGAGCCCUUGGAGGUACCUCAAGGCAGCUGGUGGGGUCUAGGUGGCAACGCGCUCGUCAUGGCCAGCAGGAUGUCGCGAGAAGGUGCUCGAGUGACACUAGCUGCACGCUUAACGGACCGACAACAGAGGAAAUUGCCACCGAACCUUAGAGGUAAAAAUCUCUAA